AUGUUAAAACUAGCGCUACCACCUCCAGAGGAAGAAGAGCAGGUGGAAGAAGAAGUGAAAAAAGAUAUUCCACCGUAUGGCACCAACGAAUGGAUUCAUUAUUGGAGUGAAUUAGAAGGAGAUCUACCGUCACCUAUAGAUGUUUCUAUUACAGGUUCCUUAAAGUAUUCUUGUCCAGAUCUGAUCUGGUACAAUUUUGAUGUAUACCCACAUAAAGUAAAACUAACUAAUACUGGAUAUACAGGAGCAAAAUGGAGGACAGAAAGACCGUAUUUGGAAGGUGGACCUUUUUUAGAGAAGCACGUAUUCUCUCAGAUACAUUUUCAUUGGGGAAAGAAUAUGAUGGAAGGCAGCGACCAUUCAGUAGAUAAAAGAAAAUAUCCAGGAGAAAUGCAGGCUACUUUCUUUAGAUCUGAAUACAUGACACAAGAGGAAGCAUUGCGACAUCCAGACGGAGUUGUAGUUAUAUGUUUUAUUAUUAAGUAUAGUGUAAACCCCGAUAACCGUCUCCAAUGGGUCAUAGAAGGAUUUCCACGUAUUCGAGAAGCCCAAACAAAUACACGUAUUGGCCCGUAUCCUAUGUCACGUCUUAUACCAAUGUUUUUCGAAGAUUAUUUCUUAUAUUGGGGUAGCUUGACUUCUGUUAAAGGUGACAGUUACGUGGUAAGAUGGAUGGUGCCGAGAGCAACUUUGUAUGCUUCAUAUGAACAGAUGAAAGAAUUUAGAAAAUUAUGGAACCCUUGGGAUGAACCUAACACUGGUAAUUUCCGACCAUUGCAAGAAAAAAGAACUCGCCAUUUAUUUUUUAUAAGCCCCCGUUGGAGUCAAUAUAAUUCUUUGCUGCCUAUUCCUCGAAUACCUGAACCUUCAAUAUCUAUAUUAUCACCAGCUUAUUUAGCAAAUCCAUGGAUGCUACCAGCAAAAAAUGCAUAUAUGCUAAUAGAUUCACAGCCAAAUGCAAAUGGCAAUGAAGAGAAAUCUAAUAAUAAA